AUGGGUUCUUGGAAAACUCUUCUCUUCUCCCCUUUUCUUCUGUGGAGUCAAAGGAAAGGGUUGAGGUUGAUGUUCCUGUUACUGACCCUGCACCUGGGAAACUGUGUUGAUAAAGCAGAUGAUGAAGAUGAUGAGGAUUUAACAGUGAACAAAACUUGGGUCUUGGCACCAAAGAUUCAUGAAGGAGAUAUAACACAAAUUCUCAACUCCUUGCUUCAAGGCUAUGACAAUAAACUUCGCCCAGAUAUAGGAGUGAGGCCCACAGUAAUUGAAACUGAUGUCUAUGUAAACAGCAUUGGACCAGUUGAUCCCAUAAAUAUGGAAUACACAAUAGAUAUAAUUUUUGCCCAAACCUGGUUUGAUAGUCGUCUAAAAUUCAAUAGUACCAUGAAAGUGCUUAUGCUUAACAGUAAUAUGGUUGGAAAAAUUUGGAUUCCUGACACUUUCUUCAGAAACUCAAGAAAAUCUGAUGCUCAUUGGAUAACAACUCCUAAUCGUCUUCUUCGAAUUUGGAAUGAUGGACGAGUUCUAUAUACUCUAAGAUUGACAAUUAAUGCAGAAUGUUACCUUCAGCUUCAUAACUUUCCUAUGGAUGAACAUUCAUGUCCAUUGGAAUUUUCAAGUUAUGGAUACCCUAAAAAUGAAAUUGAGUAUAAGUGGAAAAAGCCUUCUGUAGAAGUGGCUGAUCCUAAAUACUGGAGAUUAUAUCAAUUUGCAUUUGUAGGGUUACGGAACACAACUGAAGUCUCUCACACAAUCUCUGGAGACUAUAUUAUCAUGACAAUUUUUUUUGACCUGAGCAGACGAAUGGGAUAUUUUACUAUUCAGACCUACAUUCCAUGUAUUCUGACAGUUGUUCUUUCUUGGGUGUCUUUUUGGAUCAAUAAAGAUGCAGUACCUGCAAGAACAUCACUGGGUAUCACCACAGUUCUGACUAUGACAACUUUGAGUACAAUUGCCAGGAAGUCCUUACCUAAGGUUUCUUAUGUGACUGCGAUGGAUCUCUUUGUUUCUGUUUGUUUCAUUUUUGUUUUUGCAGCUUUGAUGGAGUAUGGUACCUUGCAUUAUUUUACCAGCAACAAAAAAGUUAAGACUACUAGAGAAAGAAAGCUAAAAAAUAAGGCCUCGAUGUCCUCUGGACUCCAUCCAGGAUCUACUCUCAUUCCAAUGAAUAGCCUCUCUCUGCCGCAAGGAGAAGAUGAUUAUGGGUACCAGUGUUUGGAGGGCAAAGAUUGUGCCAGCUUCUUCUGUUGCUUCGAAGACUGCAGAACAGGAUCAUGGAGGGAAGGGAGGAUACAUAUACGCGUUGCCAAAAUUGAUUCCUAUUCUCGAAUAUUUUUCCCAACAGCUUUUGCCCUGUUCAAUCUGGUUUACUGGGUUGGCUAUCUUUACUUAUAA